AUGACGAAUACUGUCCUAGCACUCAAAUUAACAUCAGUUCGUGAAAAUAGAAUAAAUGAUAUUAUCAAUAUUUACGAUCCAAGUANUCAAGAUGCUCGAUACAAUAAACAGACCAAAGCAAUCGAUAUUCAAGUUCAGUACAGUGGUGGUUGUGCCGAACAUGAAUUUCAACUCAAAGUUGGCUCUUGUCGAGAAACUUAUCCUGUUCAAUGUGAUGCGAAGUUGAUCGACUUAACAGUAAACGAUUAUUGCGAUGCGAUCGUCUCUCGUGAAGUUUCAAUCAGUACUCAAUCGAUUGGCUUAGAUGAUGGUUAUUACGCUGGUGCAACCAUUCAAAUAUAUGGGGGCGCGAAUACAAAAGCUAAGCUUGUUCUUCCAUAA